AUGGCUGAUGCUAUCGAUAAAGCAGCGUUGAAGGAGUUUGGAGAAGAAAUUCUUGGCAAGGUAGCGGAACUAAUCAAUUUAGGAGUGGAUAAGAAGAAGAAAGAGAAAGAAGUGGAAGAGGAGAAGCCGCCAAAAGUUUCGUCAAAAGGGAUCCAGAAGAACAUCGAUUUUAAUUUCAAAAUAAAGAAUGUUUUGAGUAAAGCGAUGGCAGCCGAUGAUCUGGAGAAUGGAGUGAAAGAGGUUCUGGAGUUAAUCAAGUCUCGAAACGGAGAGUUGUUGUUGCUGGACUCGGAUCCGAAUUUGCUACAAACGAAAGAGAAGUUGGACGCGUUGAAGGCGAUUUCUGGAGGAGAUUCGGAAGGAUCUUCGACUCAAGCCGAUAUGACGUCGAUUCUGCUCCUGUCUAACCUUACUGGAAUCGCUGGAAAGAAAAGUGGAGGUUAUCAUGGAGACGUAAAAAGAAGAAGACAAGACCCAUUGCCAAGCAGACAACAGUGGUUUCGAUCAGAGGGUGUUUUCCGAGGCCAGGGAAAUACUCGGCAAAAUGGAGGCCAAGGUUAUGGAGGCAGAGACGGCAAGAGAAGCAUCCGCUGCUACAAAUGCCAAGGAUAUGGGCACUAUGCCAAUGAUUGUGAACAACGAAGACUUUCCGAAGCCAUUGAAUUUUGGGAAAACAUUUGUAAUGUAGAAUGGGUGUUGAGUGUAAUUGAGGAUGGUUAUAAAAUCCAGCUGAAUUCAGAGACAAUUUUACCAGAACCACAAGGCCUCAGGCCGUCGGUAAAACGACAUGAAGAGUUCUUGAUUGCAGAAAUUAAGCGGUUGGAGGAAGAAGGUGUUGUCGUCAGAGUUGAAGAAGAGCCGAGAUGUGUGUCCCCGCUCCACGUUGUGGAACAAGGUAAGAAAAAGCGGAUGAUUUUGGACUUGAGCGAGCUUAAUGAGAGCCUGGUUCCUCCUCGAUUUAAACUAGAGAAUUUGAAGACAGCCUGGCCUUUUCUAGAAAAUGCGAAAUUUGCGGCCACUUUCGAUUUCAAAUCAGGCUAUCAUCAUAUAAAAAUUCAUCGCGAUUCAAGAGAUCUUCUCGGUUUUUCGCUGUCGAACCCUCCCGCCGCCCCAUAUUUUUUGUUUAAGGGUUUACCUUUUGGUUUGUCAAUUGCCCCUUGGCUUUUCACAAAAAUUUUUAAAGUCUUAGUUCAAAAAUGGCGUGCGGAGGGUAUAAAAAUCUUUUUAUAUCUUGAUGAUGGAUUAGUUGUGGGUGAGACGGAGAGAGAAGUUGCGAGAGCAGUGAGAAAGGUGAGAGAAGAUCUGCAUAAUGCUGGUGUGUGUGUGGCAGAAGAAAAGUCGUUCUGGGUGCCAGACGCUAAGUUUACGUGGCUUGGUUAUGAAUGCGACCUGGUCGCGAAAGAGGUUCGUGGAACCGAGAAGAGAAUGGCCACGUGGUGGUCUGCUCUUGAUGAGUUGAGGAGGAGCCUGGCUCCAACGGUUCUGGACCGUAUGAAGUUUUUGGGAUGCCAGGCAUCAUUUGAGCUUGUCACAGGUGACAUUGGUGUGGCGAAGGCAAGAUGGAUGAUGCAGGUGGUCGGCGAAAACCAGAAGAAGAAGAGUGAGUCGAAGAUGGCAAGGAAGAACAAGUCUCCAGGUGAGGAAAAAGAGAUUGAGUUCUGGAGAGCGAGAGGCGCAGAACUUUUGAGAAGAAAUUUAUUAGAAGUUGAGUCAAAGCCCGACUUAUUCCUGUAUACCGAUGCCUCUGCGCGUGGUAUUGGAGGCUUGUUAAAGAAUGAGAGGCAGGAUAUUUUGUGGAAAAUGACAGAAAUCGGCGAUGGAAACUUUGAAAAACAGUCGAGCGCUUGGAGAGAGUUGACCGCGGUCGAAGUGGCUUCGGCGAGAAUAAGUUCAAACCUGAAAGGGAGAGUUCAGGUGUUAGUCGAUAGUCAGGCAGCCGUGAGCGUGUUGAGAAGAGGCUCCAUGAAGCCAGAGCUGCAUUCUUUAGCUGAGAGAGUGUGGCAUAACUUGGAGAACGUCGGUGAGAGCUCGUUUUUGUGGAUUCCUAGAAAGGAAAAUGUAGAAGCGGACGAAGCGAGUGGAAACUUUGAUUUUGAUGACUGGGGAAUAGCUGAGCGAGUGUUUAGUCAAGCGCAGAGAAUGUGGGGCGAGAUAAAAGUGGACUGGUUCGCAGAUGCGAAUAAUAAGAAGACGGAAUUGUAUUUUCUAGAUAUCCCGAGUUUGGAACGAGCGGAGUCAACGUCUUCGAGCACGUCGAGAGAGCAGAGCGAAUGGGACUUCCUUGAAGGCCCCAAAAAGGAUUACAUCGAAGAGAUCGAGAGACAAGCAGGGAAAGAAUUCCAGACGCACCUGGACAAGCUCAAAGCGGCUCCACUGGAAUCUAAGGCCUCGUCGACUGCUCUGGCUUAUAAAGCAGAGAACAAGAGGAGGAAGGAUUGGAUAAUUGAGAAGAGACUUCCGUUGAAUGAGUCUUCCUUUUUGUUGUAUUUGGUCGAUCGAGCGAAAGGAAUUGGAAGCAGCGCUCUGUCGAAAAUAUCGGCUGCAUAUCAAGCUGCAAUCUUUUCCUUUCACGUCAUGCUGAGAGCUUCGGAAGCCGCCGAGAUCAAGUGGGAAGGAGUGACGCAAAAAGAUGGGAUGAUUGAGGUACACGUGGAGAAGGCCAAGAAUGACCAGUGGAGACUAGGACGAUCAUCGUUCUUCAACUAUGAUCCAGGAAGUGACGCGGAUAUUCUCAUGUGUAGAUGGAGGAUUCACUCAAGAGGAAAGUGUCCGUACGUUUUCUCGAAUCUUGAUGGUUCAAAGAAACUGACGAAAUCGUCGAUCUCUGCACUAGCCACUAAGAUGCUGGCGGCAAUUGGAAAAUCUGGAGCCACCCAUCACGCUUUCCGGAGAGGAGGAGCGAAUCACAUGAGGGCGACAGGAUAUUCAAUGGAGGAGAUUCAAGCAAGAGGGAGAUGGAGAUCGCUGGCAGGUCUACAACGAUACAUCAAGGAUGUGCCGAGAGCCCAAGGAUGCCUGCAUCCCCAAGAGAACGGAAUUGGAGUCGAGGAGGACGACGAAGAUUUCGAGUAA